AUGGAAAAAGAAGACUUGGAUAGCCCAAUGCAUGAACACAUGCUGAUGAUUGGAACAGUCUCACCUAUAGACACAAUUCUGAUUUUGUUCAUAUCUGUGUGUACGGCUUUGUUGAGUGAAGGGCUGACUUAUCUGUUGGUAUACAGGACGCAACAUUACAAGAAGCUGAAAGCUGAGGUUGAGCGACAGAGUAAAAAGGUUGAGCGCGCUAAAGAUGGUGACCUCGGAGCAACCUCUUCAUCUUUUCUAGCCGGAGGCAGUUCAACUCCCUCUGCUGCACAACUGAAUGUAGUGGGCGGGGCUGGAGGAGGCAGGAACAAGAAGAAACUAGAAAGGGAAGAAGAGAAGUUGAAAAUGCAGAAUCGAGAAUUAUCCACUGUUAAAAUGAAGAGUAUGUUCGCAAUUGGAUUUACGUUCACAGCACUAAUGGGGAUGUUCAACUCGAUCUUUGACGGACGUGUAGUUGCAAAACUGCCCUUCACUCCUAUCAGUUGGAUUCAGGGCAUCUCUCAUCGAUCUCUACUGGGAAAUGACGCAACUGACUGCAGUUUCAUCUUCCUCUACAUUUUGUGUACAAUGAGUGUGAGACAGAACAUGCAGAAGGCACUGGGACUAGCACCCAGUAGGGCAGUGAGCAAGUUGUCAGGAGGGGGGCCGGGAGGGUUCUUCUCACAGGGCUCAGGGGGCUUCGGAAAGUAGAACAGAGGAGAACCUACUAUUAAACUCCGAAUCAAAUUAUCACAACAAAUGCAAAGACGAACAGACAGUUGAAUCCUGAUUCACAUGAAUACAAUUGAAGCAAAUUUCUGAAGACUUCAAAGGUCCGCAUACGGACUCUUUCGUAGAAGGAUCUGCUCUGAAGAAGCUGAAAAGAUUAAGAAAUAUGAGUUACCACAUACUACAUACCUUUGCCCUAGAAUUGGAUAGUGCCAAUUGUGCAACAUAAAUGAUACAAUUUCAGUAGACAAUUGUUAUGAAUCUAUUCUUUUUUCAAUUAAUGUUACUCAUAUCUAUGAAUUAAGAGGACAUUUAAAAUUAGUGUUCCUCAAACUACGACCUUUUUGCAACCCUCAAUGGUGAAUACUUCCGAAAAGUUAAUAUUUGCAAUUGAACAUUUUCAUAUAACCUUGUAACAUCGAAUAAAGAACCAUUGAAUGUAUGGAGGAAGUUAUCUAAAUUGGUAAUUUUUGUUAAUUAUGUUUUUUUCUCAUGGCAAUUUAAAGACGACAGUUUUCCAACUGAAAAGAAAAUAUUUAAACAAACCUAUCAAAAUUCGCCUGGGAGUUGUGCUUCUUUAUUUUGAAGGACUGUUUGAUCGUUUUUUUUUUCUUGUUUCGAGCCUUCCUCACUUUCAAUUCAAUAAUUUGUAUUCCUAUUAAAUGUCCACAUGUUAAUUGACUUUCAUAUGCAGUAUCUAUAUUCUUUUCAUUUAUCUAUCUUUUGAAUUAUAUUUUGC